CCUUCUCCUCCUCCUCCUCCCGAAGGGAGUCGGUUUCCUGCCGCCGCCGCGCCCGCUCACUGCGCUCUCGGCUUCGGGCAGCGGCGGCGGCCGGGAUGUGCCUGCGGAGCCCCCCCUCGCUGCUGCUGCUGCUGCUGCUGCCGCUGCUCGCCCGGCCCGACCUCGUCCCCGCCGAGGGCUGCGACCUGCGGCCGGUGGCGGCGGAGCACCCGGUCACCCUGUCCUACAGCACGAGCACGGUGCCGUGGGGCUGCGUCAGCAGCAGCUCCCUGCACAGCGCCAAUGAAGUCCACGUCCUCAGCAUCCAGUGGUCCAAGGGCCCAUCCACCACGCUCAAUGUGUUGGUCACGGCUCCAGCCAGCGGCUGCACCCGGUCGGCGGUGCUGGUCCUGCAGUGCUCCCAGUGCUCGGCCUCCAUCACCUCCCCGUGCCCGGAGCUCAUCGUCCUCACCGACGCCUUCGUGAUCCAGGGCAGCCCCGAGGUGCAGCAGAGGGAGCUGCCGCAGCCUGCCAGCAAGGGGCAGCUGCUGGACUGGGCACGGGGCACCUACGGGGGCAUCACGUCCUACAGCGAGCUGUGGGACCCGCGCGCCAUCCACCUCCGCCUGGGCGAAGAUGCCCGCAGCCCCCCAGACUGCGUCCCCCAGGAGCACUUCAACGCCGCGCCGCACCUCGACGCCGAGGUGUUCUCCCAAGGGAUGAGGAGCUGCGCCAGCGGCAGCGCCCACAGCUCCAGGACUGCCCACAUCAUCCAGCUGCAGCCUGAGCACAGCUCGCCCCUCACGGAGGUGAACCUGUCCAUGAGCUGUUCCGAGCCGGCAACGGGCAACCACAUCCUCAUCCUGCAGAGCCACACCAACCUCACCUGGAUCCUCUCGCCUACCGGCUGCCACGUCAGCUUCCUGGUCUCCAGCCCCUACAGGAUCACGUCCAUGCCAUGGCAGCUCAUAUCUGGAGGGACGCUGCCCGACACGGAGCAGGGCCUGGUCGCCAAAGCCUUCGAGAAGAACUGUAGCGUCAUCGCCUCCUAUUCCAUCAUCCCCACCAGCCCCCGCAUCACCCUGGAGAUCCAGGAGCGCGAGGUGCCGAGGAAGCCGCCCCUGAUGCUCACGUCGCCGGCCCCCACCUUGGACACGCUGCCCAACGACCUGCUCCUCAUGCUCCGGCCCUGGAAGUGCACGGAUGACACCAUGGAGAUCAUCAUCACCAGGUCCCACCUGGAGCCCAUCAAGGACGUGGUGAACAUCACCCUGCGGGACAUCAGCUGCCAGGCGGAGAAGAACGCCACGCACUUCAUGCUGCGCACCCCCCUCAGCCACUGCGGCACCUCGCUGGAGAGCCAGGGCAACUGCCAAGAACGAGCCUUCCUCCCCUCCUCGCAGCUCAUCCUCAGCCUGUCCAAGGGCUCGGUGCCCAGGAUUGUGCGGGUGGCCUUCCAGUGCCAGAUCCCACGGGAGCUCUUCCUGCGCCUCUUCCCCACCGCCGCCUUCGAGGUGCCGCAGACGGAGCUGGAGGUCAACAAGGAGGCUUUCGUGCAGGCCUCCAUGCGCUGGGACGACUACCCGGCCGACCUGCAGCUGAAGGAGUGCUGGCUGGUGGCAGCGGGGAGGGAGCCGCUGCUGCUGGUGCAGGCCAACAAGGCGCAGAGCUCCAGCGUGGCCGUGCUGGAGGAGCCCCCCGGCAGCAGGGCCAGGAAGGUUUGGCGAUUCCGCUUCACCUACGCCGUCCCCGAGGGCGGCCACGUCCCCUUCUCCGCCGCCCUCAAGUGCAAGGCCGGGCUGCAGAACAACACCAUCUUCGAGAAGGUUUUGGAGGUGACCGUGAAGGACGUCUGGAGGCCACCCAACAACCGAGGGCUGGGGCUGGGCGCUGUGCUGGGCAUCACCUUCGGAGCCUUCCUCAUCGGGGCGCUCCUCACCGCCGGGCUCUGGUACAUCUACUCGCACACCCGGCCCAUCUCCAAACUGCAGCCGGUCUCCACCACGGCGCCGGCCUCGGAGAGCAGCAGCACCAACCACAGCAUCGGCAGCACGCAGAGCACCCCCUGCUCCACCAGCAGCAUGGCCUGACCCCCCCGGACCCCCCCUCGCCGCUGCCUCCGCCUCAGCCCCCUUAAAAACCCUUUUUCUGCCCCCCCACCAGCCCCCCAAAAAUAAUUUGAGGCUGAGCCCGGAGGGGGCCGCGGCCCCUCGCCGUCCC